CACAUCAGGAUCCAAACACCACCCAUCGUCUUCAAUUUUAAAUCCCUUAAACCCUAAAUACAGAACAUACAACUUCUAACUUAUGAACAAAUGGGUUUAAAAAAUUCAGACAAAAAGAUGAACAGAAAGAGCAAGAACAAGCAUGAACCAGUUAAAGAAUCCGAAAAUCAUAAUGAAGACGGCGGAAGUGGCGGCAGAAGAGGGAAGAAGCUCAUUUCAGACCCUAGAUUUGCUUCCGUACACUCAGACCCUAGGUUUCAGAAAGUUCCAAGACAUAAAUCAAAAGUGGAAAUUGACUCUCGGUUUAACCGUAUGUUUACUGAUAAAAGCUUCUCUGGCUCUUCUGCACCGUCGGAUCCUCGGGGAAAAGCUAAGAAGCAGAGACCUGAGAGUUUUCUGCGACAUUACUACCGUGUCGAAGAAGAAGUAGAAAAACAAGGAAAGGAAAUUGAAACGAAAGUUUCAACUGAAGUAGAAGACGAAGAAAGCGAAAGUGAAGAGGAAUUAGAGAAGUUUGACGACGUGGCGGUGCAAAGCGGGUUGAUUAAUAGUAGCGAAUCUGAGGCUUCGGAAUCAGACUCGGAGGAAGAUGGCGAGGCAGAAUCUACUACAGAUGAAGAGGAUGAUGAUAAGGUGAUUUUUGAGGAGGAUGAUGGAACUGACGUGGAGGAGGAGAAUAUCCCAACUAUUGAAGAUGGAACACGAAGGCUUGCUGUUGUUAAUUUGGACUGGAGGCAUGUUAGGGCUGUGGACUUGUAUGUAGUAUUGCGCUCAUUUCUUCCAAAAGAUGGAGACAUUGUGUCCGUGGCUGUCUAUCCAUCUGAAUUUGGUCUUCAACGUAUGAAGGAGGAAGAAAUUCAUGGUCCUGUUGGCCUAUUUGACGAUGAUAAAAAGAAGAAGAAUGAUAAUGAUGAUGAUGUUAAUGAAGACGACGAUGACGACGACGACGACGAAGAUGAAGAUGAUAAUGAUGAGAUUGACGAAGUCAAACUGCGUGAAUACGAGAAAUGCAGGCUGAGGUACUACUAUGCUGUGGUGGAAUGUGAUUCUCUAGCUACAGCAGAACAUCUGUACAAAUCAUGUGAUGGAGUUGAGUUUGAGAGAUCAUCCAAUGUGUUUGACCUUAGAUUUAUUCCUGACUCAAUGGAAUUUAAGCAUCCACCUCGUGAUGUUGCCAAGGAGGCACCUACAAAUUAUGAAGGAUUGGAUUUCCAUACUAAAGCGCUGCAGCAUAGUAACAUCCCUAUUUCUUGGGAUGAAGAUGAACCGCAGCGUGUAAAGACAUUAAACCGAAAAUUUACUGCUGAUCAGAUGGCUGAAAUGGAGCUGAAGGAGUAUUUAGCUUCUGAUGAGAGUGAAAGUGACGAUGAUGAUGAUGGUGCUGAGGGAGAAGCAGAUAAAAAGGAUAAAAAGCGGGAUAAGUAUCGUGCUUUAAUCCAGUCUGGCGAUGGUUCAGAUGGAGAGAAUGAGGAUGAAGGCCAAGAUAUGGAGAUAACUUUCCACAGUGGUUUAGAGGGUCUAAGCAAGCGCAUUCUAGAAAAACGGGAUAAGAAAUCUGAAACUGUUUGGGAAGCUCACCUCAGGAAACAACAAGAGAAAAAGAAAGCUCGAAAAAUGAAAUCAAAGCAUUCAUCAGAGGACGAGAGUAGUGAUGCUGAUGAAAAAAUGACAGAAGAAGAAGAAGACGAUGACUUCUUUGUUGAAGAACCAUCAGUGAAGAAGCGAAAGAAGGAUGGCCGAGCUAAGAGCGACAAAGAAGAAAAGCAAGUUGAGGAUACAGAUAAAGAAGCAGAAGCAACCCAAGCAGAGCUUGAGUUGUUGCUUGCUGAUGAUAAUGAAGUUGAUAAUGGUGUAAAAGGAUAUAAUAUGAAACGUAAGAAAGCAAAGGGUAAAAGAGGGAAAGAAGUUCCAGAUGAGAAUAAAGUACCGCCCGUUGAUUAUAGUGAUCCACGGUUUUCAGCUCUCUUCAAUUCGCCUCUUUUUGCAUUGGAUCCUACAGAUCCACAGUUCAAAAGGAGUGCUGCGUAUGCUAGGCAGACGACAAAGAGACAGCACAAGGGUGAUAGACCGGAAGAAGCUGAAGAAGAGCACAAAAAACAACCCACAAAAUCUGAGUUGCCCACUAACGAGCCGGAUGCAAACAGAAGUGAGCACAUAAAUUCUGAUGUUGUUGCAUCAUCGAAGAAGGAGAAGCACGAAAUAUCAGCGUUAGUAAGAUCCAUUAAGUCAAAGUCGAAGAAAGUUCAGAUACCCUCAAAUGGUAAGGCUAAUAAAAAUGAGAAGUCGCAGUUUAGAGGUGUAAAAGAAAGUGAGAAGCCUGAGCUCUCAACCUUGGUUCAGUCGGUAAAAAAGAAGGCAAAAUCUAUGAAAAGGUGAAUUUGCAAAGUUCCCUGAAAUCCUAGUAUUAUUACACAAUGGAAGAAAGUAGUGGAGGCAUAGACAUCAAUGAAGAGUUAAGGGUCCACUAUUUAGAUCUACAAUUUUGAUUUUUGCUAACUUAUAAAUUUUGUUCCCCUCUGUUUGAUGAAGUUUAAUACGCCUACAAUACUUGAUAAUUUGAGAUUAUAAUAAAUGUGCAUUUUAUAAGUAAA